GGACAACGUUGAGUCGAGAGAGCCGUGCACGAGGAACGCGGACAAGCUCGCUCCUGCGCGCACAGCUCACGGAUCUCGAGCAGCCAUGAAGUCGCUGAUGUUGAUAGCAUCCCUGAUCGGGCUCACGCUAGCCGGUAGCCUUGGAGGCUACGGUGGCCCUAGCAGCGGAGAUGCCGCAGGUGACUCCGGUGGAGGAGGCUCGGGAUGGCAGCCAGAAGCCGGUGGUGGAGGAAAGGGAGGUUCGUCCGGUGGCGGGUGGCAACCGCAGGGCGGUGACUCUGGAUCUGGCGGCGGCGGCGGCGGCUGGCAAGCCCCGGGUGGAGGAGGCGGCGGCGCCGGCGGUUCCGGGGGCGCUGGGUGGCAACCACAGGGCGGCGGAGGUGGCGGCGGCUGGCAACCACAAGGUGGAGCCGGAGCCGGUGGCUGGCAGGGAGGUGGCCUUGGUGCCGCCGGUGGCAAUAGUGGCCAUGGCAGUAGCGGUGGCGAUGGUACAAAGCACAUUUAUAUAAUCCGCACUGUCACAACAACCGGUGCUUCUGGACACGGAGGCGGUGGAAAAUCCGGCCAAGGAAGUGGCCAUGGAGGAUGGCAAGCUGGUGGUGGUUCUGGCGGCUCUAGCUGGCAAGCCGGUGAUGGCUCUGGCGGCACUGGUUGGCAAACCGGUGGAGGCGCGGGAUGGCAGACUGGUGGCGGUGCAAGUGGCUCGAGCUGGCAAGCUGGCGGUGGCUCUGGUGGGUGGUCCAGCGGCGGCGGUGGUGGCGGCUCUACCGGAUGGCCCAGCGGUGGUAGCAACAGUGGUGGCUCGGGAGGAUGGCCCAGUGGUGGCUCCGGAGGAUGGCCCAGUGGCUCAAGUGGUGGGUGGCAAGCCGGUGGUGGAGGCGGACACGGUGGCAAGGCUGGUGGUGGAGCAGCGGGUGGCGUCACGAAGCACGUGUACAUCAUCAAGACUCUGAGCAGUGCUUCGAGUGGCAGCGGCCAUGGUGGCAGUCAUGGAGGUGGACACGGUGGUGCCAGUGCUCACGGUGGUGGCGCUUCGGGUGGCCACGGAGGAGCACACAGCAGCCACGGAGGAAGUACUGGUGCUCACGGAGGUGGCCAUGGCAGUAGUGGUCACCGCGGAGCUUCUGCCGGUGGCGCUCCCGAAAGCAUAAUUGUCAUCCGCACCGAUGGAGCCUCCGCCAGCGGGGGCCAUGGCAGCCACGGUGGCGGCCAUGGAGCACUGAGCAGCUUCGGAGGUGCAGCUGCGGUCAGCCAUGGUACGGUUGCCAGCGCUGCUGCUGGUGCGGUGUGGCGAGCAACCCUUGGCGGAGGAGGCGCAGGAUGGCCCGCUUCUGUCAGCGACAACAGCGGUGCUGGCUGGCAGACGGGCGGCGGCCGCAAUGCUGGCGGAUGGCAGGCUUCUGGUGGCGACCUCGGAGGAGGCUGGCAACCCGCAGGCAGGACGGCUGCAGGUGGGGGCGGCGGUGGCUGGUGGUAGGCACCGGAACCUGAACGCUGCUUUGAAUGCAAGACUUCACCAUGACCAGCCGCGGCCCACAAUCCAGAUGGGCCACGUACCUCGGCCAGGAGUUCAACUGUGCCAUCAGCAACGAUACCUCAAGCAUACAUUCCGCUUUACGGUUACUUCAUCUGUACCUACCCAACUCCCAGAAACAUCCUCUCGUAAAUCAUGUGUGCGUGUUCUUUUAUCUCAUGUACUCAUUUGGGUUUUCAUAAUAAAAAGCGUCAACGUGAAAUUCAA